UUUGACCCACAAUGCAUUGCUAAAGGUCACAGAGGUCAUACAAUGCGGAAGUGAUAGUUUGGGAAGGGAUGCAUGUUUUGCAGGUGCAGUGGAAGCUACAGGUGUUUAGCUGCAGGUGCCGUGACGUAUGCUGCUCAGCAGCUGCAGGUGCAGUUGGAUGUAGUGCCCUUCUCAUAUGGUGUAGAUGGUGAUUCUAACUCGUCAGCAGCUUCAAACGCUCCGCCAAGAACCCGCAUCCGGGAGAGGACAGUCGCAAACAAAGUGGCCAAGAAGUGUAAACAUACUCCGCUCCGUGGUGGAUAAAGCUUAAAGUUAAACGUAUAGGUUAAAGCUCCUUGGUUAAAGCUGAGACAGGUAGCUUCAAAAUAAUUCAUGUCGUCAUUUAUCUUUGGUUAGAAUGAAAUAUAGAAUGUCAAUCUGCUGCACGUACAAUUCAAGAAAAGGGGCGUAUGCGAUUGACGCGUUUUCCUGAAGCAGCUGGACCCGUCGACCCAUCUGUUCGGUACAUAUUUAUUUCUAAGACUACCAUGACAUUCCGUGCGUUGUGGAGAUCGGAGAAGCUUCUUGUGGGAAUCAUCCUGGUAUGUUUCCUGGGCAGCUGCUUGUUUUCGGUGUACAGCCUGUCCCAGUCUGACAACUCCCUCGACCAGGUAAUCGGUCCAUUCGCACUGCCAAAAGUGGACUUGAAGAAGAGAUUGGCACAACACAGACUACACAGAACUGCUCUGCCUAAAGUAUUACUCGAAGACAACAAAACUGUCAAGAGCCCGGGGAUAAGUGAAGAAAAGCAUCCAGUCUUUCUCCCGCAUGUUGGUCUUGUAGCAGACAGCCAACAGCAGAAACAAUACGAGGAUGUCCAAGAGAUUGUUGAAGCUGACUCCAAUUCCAAACAGGAUUUUGUGCCUCGUGUUGGAAUCAAUCCUGGUCAAAGUAACAAUGACAAAGUAGAUAUUCCUGCAGCAUUUGGAGAGAAGGAUUUUGCUCCACCAAAUUACAACCUGCAUGUUUUCUACUACCCAUGGUAUGGCAACCCUGAACAUAACGGGAAAUACCUGCACUGGAACCACAACCUUAUUCCACAUUGGAGCAAACAGGAGGCAAAGAAAUGGCCGACAGGAAGACACGAACCCCCAAAUGAUGUAGGAGCAAACUUCUACCCCAGCCUGGGAGCGUACAGCUCCUCAGAUCCUGCUGUUAUUGAACAUCAUAUGCAGCAGAUGAGAUAUGCAGGAAUAGGAGUCUUUGCAGUAUCAUGGUACCCUCCAGAGCAGGCAGAUAAUGAGGGCCAGCCCAGUGACUCUCUCAUCCCAGCCCUACUGGAUGCUGCACAGAAAUACAGCCUAAAGGUUGCCUUUCACAUUGAACCUUAUGAGGGCAGGACAGACUGGAGCCUACAGCAUUCCGUGAGGUACAUUGUUGAUACAUACGGAGCUCACCCUGCCUUCUACCGCCAUACCAGAAAUGGCAAGAACCUCCCACUGUUCUACAUAUAUGACUCUUAUAAUCUCCCUGCCAAGGACUGGAAAAAUCUUCUCUCGCCUUCUGGCUCACACACUAUCAGGAACACAGCCUAUGAUGCCAUUUUCCUGGGCCUCCUGGUCGAAAUGAAACACAAGAAUGAGAUUGUCCAGGGUGGGUUCGAUGGAUUUUACACAUACUUUGCCACAAACGGAUUCACAUAUGGCUCUUCCUUCACGAACUGGAAAACACUCAAGCAGUUUGCGAACCAAAAUAAAAUCAUGUUCAUACCCAGCAUCGGACCUGGCUAUGUUGAUACCAGGGUGCGCCCAUGGAAUGAAAGGAACACUAGAAAGCGGCUCAAUGGGAAAUACUACAAUGAUGCAUUCCAGGCAGCUUUUGAUGUUAAUCCGGAGAUCAUUUCGGUGACUUCUUUUAAUGAGUGGCAUGAAGGGACCCAGGUUGAGAUGGCUAUGCCCAAGAAGGUAGGGGAAUACACCUACAAUGACUACACACCAAACUCUCCUGAGUUCUACCUCAAGCUGACUAGGAACUGGAGUGAGAAAUUUAGAAAUCUCCACUAACAGAAAAGGCUACUAGUAGACGUAGAAUAUUUCUCAUACACUGAUGCGUUUACUGUUCCUGUAGACAAACUAAGCAAUCAUGGUAUCUAUAUACAGAACUGACUUCAAGGUUGAGUGUAUGUUUAAUGAUUCAUUAAAUUUGGUCUUCACAGAUUUUUCUAAAUAUGUUACCUUUGAUGAUUGAAUGCUUAGUAUCUAAGAUUUGUGCCAAUAAUUACAAUGUAACUUUAUAAAUUGGUCAGAAUCUGACAAUAUGAUAUAAUUCUGAACUGGUGCAAUAAUUUUGGCUAUAUAAUUUUUCAGUUGGAGAAGUCAUUACUUUGCAGGUAAAGCUGCUAUAGCUACUUGCAGGUGCUUUGUUUUUCCUUUUUUAAAUUCCAGUUUUUCACGUUAUCAUUGAAGCUUUGAAAGCAAUAUAUACCAGUUCAUGUAUACAGCUGAGUUUCUUUACCUUUGUAAGGUUAGUAUUUUGUUAUGAUUCUUGAAGGUUUAGAAAUACAUAGUUGGCUUUUGGUUGGA